GUUAGAUUAGAUACCCAUGGGACAGGGAAAAAAAUUAUUCCCAUCAGUUAAAUCCCAAAUGGGAAUUUAAUUUUAGAUUUUCUCACCAGGCUAUUCCUAAAUGGCUAUACCCAUGUGACAGACAUAACUAUUCCUAUCAUUUAAAUCCCAAUGGGAAUUUAAUUUUAGAAUUUCUCAUCAACUUAUUCCCAAAUGGGGAUUAUAAGGAAAGGAAGUUGCAGGUAUUUUGAUAAAAAUAGAGUGAGCAGAUACCCAUGGGGCAGGGAAAAAACUAUAAAGCAGGCAAGAAGUGAGCAAGCAAGUUCAGUUAGUUUAGUACAAUGGAGAACAGCAGCACAAAGAAAAGUGAACCACCUUCUCCAUGAACACGUAUGAGAGAGUACAGAAAAAGACUGUAAGGAGAAUGGAAAGGGUGAUGCAAUGAGGGAAAAGGAUAAGCUAAGAAAACGACAGGAAAGGGUUACAAUGAAGAGUAAAAGAGUGUCGGGAGUUAAAUUGGCCCAUCAAAGGAUGCUUAAUAGAGAACGAGUGCAAAAGUACAGAGCUAAAGUCAAAAUUGCUGAAUCAAAUAAAAAUCCAUGAGGAUUUAGUUCUAAUCAAGCUCUUGGAAAAGCUGUUGCAAGGAGUUUAAAAAACUUUCCCAACAGUCCAUCAAAGAGAAAAGCUGUAGUUAAAAAACUUGCAGAGAAUUAUGGUUUAAUAGAACCCGUGACUAAACCUAAAAAUAUCCUCAAUCAAGACAGGGUCAAUGCCAUCGAUAAAAUUGUUUGGUAUGAAUGGAUGAGGGUUGACUAUGAGGAAAAGAAAAAUAGUUGCAGAAAAGUAAGCAAUCCAGGUUCUCAAACGUCUAGCACCAAAAAAAAGAUUGACAAAUGUUUGAAAAACGGGACGGUGGCUGAUGUGUUUGAUUCAUUGCAAGAAAAAAUACCUUACUUUUUGUACCAUGUUUACAUUAAAAGAGAGCAGAGUAAUUUUUUCCAACUGAAGCUUGUAUCGAUACCUGAAAGAAAUGCUGUGGUUCAGGUUGAUUUCAGUGAAAACUACAGUAUGGAGUUUCAAAAUGAAAUUCAAAGUGCCCGUUGGAACCAAGAUCAACUUUCUUUGUUUACUUCCAGUAGCUGGUUGAAUCAACUUCAAAUAUCAAAAGUUUUUGUUAGUGACAAUUUAGAACAUGACAAAGUGUCUGUUUUGGUGUAUAUGCAUAUGUUAUUGUCUAAACUGGUAACAGAGUUCAACAUAAAAAGUUGUAGAUGUUUUCUCUGAUGGUCCAACAUCACAAUUCAAAAAUCAAUACAUAUUUAAAGCAUUGCCAUGGUUGAUACGGAAGUGUAGAUUAGAUGAAAUACACUGGCACUUUUUUGCAACUUCUCAUGGCAAAGGAGCUGUAGAUGCCAUUGGAGGUGCUGUGAAAAGGGAAGUAUGGAUGGGAACAUUGAGUGGAAAUGUGAUGGUAAAUAGCUUAGAAGAUUUUUGCAAAUCUGCAAACCAGAAAAAUAAAAAAAAUUGUUGUAGAAGCUGUAUCACAAGAUGAAAUGAAAACACAACUUGACAAUUUAGGUCUGCAGCAUUUGUUUCAACAAUCAUCUCCAAUAAGCGAUAUAAAGAAAAUGCAUUAUGUUGGUGUGACAUCGGAAACAUAUGCGAUAGAAACUCGAAAUUAUUCUAAUCAGGUAGAGGAGUUGAAUUCUGUUGAACCGGAAAGUGAUGACGGAUGGUAUGAUAAAACUUGUGAUAAGAUAUCUGGACAGAUUUGAAGGAUGAGUAUUAUGUUCUUGCUGAGUAUGAAGCAGAGCCUUUUUCCGGUGUUAUUACGUGUAUUAUGGAUAAAUGGAUAACAGUCAAAGGAAUGGAGAAGUGCAAAGGUGGUUGGCGCUGGCCUGAAAAAGAUGAUGUCAUACACUAUGAAAGGGACAAAGUUGUACGAAUGAUAAAUUUUCCUGUUCCUAUAAAUAAUCGUGGGACAUUCAGAGUACCAGAGUUAGAAGAAAAGUGGGGUAUUUAAACAAACCUUUAGUAUUUUCUCAGUUUGGUUAAUUCGUUCUACAUUACUUUAACUACGUGUUCUGUGUUUCUAAACACAUUUUCUCAGCUAGAAUAAAAAGUGUCCGUUGCAUUUCUAGUCGUCAUCAUAUUGUCACAUUUCAAUAAAUUUUUUUGAACAUGAUAAUAAGAAACAAAAUGUGUUAGGCUGUCACAGAAUGAUAGAUUAAGUGUUGUUCCAAUGUAUUCAAACAAACUUGUUAUUAUUAUUGCACAUAACAAGAUUCAUAUAGUAGAUGGAAAAUAGGAUAUAUAUUACAUUAUUAUUUUGAAACAUAUUGUAACCUAAUUGUUAUUUAUGUGGUUGACAUUACUUUUUGUUUUACAUGGGGAACUUUCAGAUGCUAUACAGACCAGAAAUUUUUAAAUUACAAGUUUUUAGGAGCACAUUUCAACCUCAGGACAAAAACGUAAUGUCCGUUACAUUUCGAAGUAAUGUCCGUUACGCUAUACUUUUGAUGAAUUUCCAUGAAUAAGUUUAUGAUAAAAGGUAAUGGCAUUAAAAUGAUGUUAGUUUAACUAUUAUUUAUAUAUAUUUCAACAUAAGUUAUUACUGUGACUACUCAAAAGAUUAAAAUUUUUAUUAAAUGCUUUAAAAUGUUUGUCCUUUUAUUGUAAUGUCCGAUACAAGAAGAUAAAAGAGUUGUAGCCUUAGUUAUGUUUUUUGUAAAUGCUUAAAAGUGUGGUCUACUGAAAAACCUAAUCAAAAACAUACAGCCUAAAACAUAUUAUCCUAAAGUUUAUUGCAAAAGAAGAAUUUCCUCUAAAGUGAGACUGAUUUCUCUGAUCAGUAAUGUCCGUUACGUGGAAUCGCUCGAGAUUCUCUCUACAUAAUCUUCAAUGUUUUUGGUUUAAGAAUUUAACUAUAUAUUUAAGUAUUUAAACUAUUUACUCUGGGCACUCAUAUGGACUGAACUCGCACUGAAUUAUUUAGCCACAAAGCACUUAUUAGAAAGUUUGCAGAGUAAGCAUUCUUGUACAAAGAGCUAUUUGUAAUAAAAAUUGAAAAACAUUUUUUUAUGAUAUUACUAACAACAGCAACAUCAAGAACAGUGUGGGAGACCGGGGUUUGAUUCCUCUUGACGGCGAUUCAACAUGGGCGAGCGAAUGUUACCAUAGCCCCGGGUUAACCCAAGCCAGGAAAUUGGGGAGAUGGCACAUUAUGUGGGCCGUUGGAUGUUGCCAGGAUUUGUCUAGUAGAGUGCAGGCCGUAAUUAGGUCUGCGUAGCUCAAAAAGAGCAUUUAAUACUCUAGAACUCGUCAUCUAAGCCAUGGCCCCUCCUGGAAAUAAUAGACAGGGUAUAUCCCUCGAUAUCUGUGAGACUAGCCAUGUAGAAUAUGCACAUCUAUCAUCUAUCUAAUGUUAGAGAGUUCUAAAGAUUCUAGAUUAAUGUUCACAUUUUACGUUGUAUUCUAGCUUCUGGAACUGUUAUAAUGAAAUUAUGUUAUCAGUUUUUGUUUAUAACUGAUAGAUGAUCCCCAAAUUGUUUAUAUUUUAUGUAUUACAUAAAACUUUUGAACCAAUAUU